AUGAAGUUAAAGGCAGUCAAAUCCAGAGCCCUCGUCAUUAAGAAGGGACAGACAACAGAAAGAUUCAAGCUCCACGUACAGAAUGAGGAGAUCCCGCUCAUAGUGAAAAGCCCAAUAAAGUACCUUGGGAAAUGGUUUGACGCAAGUCUACGAGAUCGAGACAGUGCCAAGAAACUCAAGCACAGCCUGGUUGCACCAGCAGGCAUUGCUCCCAAGACUUCUCUGGCCACUGAUACUGUACGAGGUUGCUAUUACGACAGUCGAAGCCCUCGAGAGGACUACCAGAAGGCACCUCAGAAAGUGGCUCGGAGAACCGCCAAGUUUCACAAGGAUUGGACUAACAAGCUGCAGCUCCCACUUUCUUCACUGGUAGAUGAGUUCAAAAUCGCAAAGACACGACUUGUGCUGACUCUGAGGGAUUCUCCGGAUGAGUGUAUUCGGGGAGCAGGGAUUGAAACACGUACUAGCAAAAAGUGGUCAGCGACAGAAUCUGUGAGCCAGGCAGAGAGCAACCUCAAGCACAUUGACAUUGUAGGAGUGACUACCGUUGGACGUCAGGGGAUCGGCGCAACCAAGACCGUAUUGUGGAGCAGAUCAGAUCAGCAGGAGAGACGAGCAAUGAUACAGUCAGAGGUCAAAAGAAAGGAGGAGAGUGCAAGACAGGCUAGGGCAGUUGAGAUGGGAGCGCAGGGAACAUGGACCACGUGGAACACAACAGACAGGAAGUUGACCUGGGGAGAAAUCUGGAAAUACGAGCCACUGAGAUUUUCGUUCCUCCUCAGGUCUGUCUAUGACCUUCUACCAUCUCCAGCCAACCUAUGCCGAUGGGGACUCACAACGGAUCCCAAAUGCAGUUUGUGCGACAGAAUCGGCACACUAGAACAUGUGCUGUCAUCAUGCUCUACAGCUCUGACACAGGGGAGAAAUCUGCGCAAGAGGUUUCUGUUCCCAGUCAGUGUGCAGACUGAUGACAGCACUUGGGGCUACUGGCAGAGACAAAAGGGGGGGGCUAUCCAGAGACUGAGCCAAGCAGCUGAGAGGGUGUCAAGUUGGCUGUGGCUUAAACGAGAGGAGAAGAGCUGGAAACAUCAACCGACACACAGUGAUUGA